AACACCAGUCCACGCUGUACUUCGCGAACCCACAACAUCUGCACAGCUCAGAAAAUGGACACACGCGCUUUGAGAAACCCAUACUCGGACUAUGAUGGUAACCCUGCCUCUACACAGUCCCUGUUUGACUCCCAGGGCAGGCUGACUCCAGAGUUCUCUCAGAGGCUGAGUAGUAAAGUGAAUGAGCUUCUGUCUGUGAUGGAGAAUGGACUCAAGUCUGCGGACCCCCGAGACUGCACCAGCUACACCGGCUGGACAGGCAUCGCGUUGCUGUACCUGCACUUACACAGAGUGUUCAGUGACUCAUCCUUCCUGCACAGAGCUCUGGAGUACGUGAGCCAAGCCCUCAAGAACCUCACACGGCGCCAUGAUGUCACCUUCCUGUGCGGGGACUCAGGGCCCCUGGCUGUGGCUGCUGUGGUCUAUCACAGACUCGAGAGGCCCCAGGAGGCUGAUGAUUGCAUCAACAGACUAAUGCAGUACCAUGAGACGGUGGUGAAGGGUUCUGGGAGUCUGCCUGAUGAGCUCCUGUAUGGACGUAUGGGUUUCCUCUUCUCCCUCCUCUUCAUCAACCAGCAGUUUGGACAGGACAAGAUACCACUGGACUACAUCCAACAGAUUUGUGAGGCGGUGAUAGUGUCCGGAGACCGUCAGAGCAGGAGGUUGAGGGUUCAAAACCAGACUCCGCUCAUGUUCGAGUGGUACCAGGAGCAGUAUGUGGGGGCGGCACAUGGGCUGGCAGGGAUUUACUACUUCCUCAUGCAGCCCGGGCUGGUGUCUUCGGUGGAGCAGUUGCACAGACUGGUGAAGCCCAGUGUGGACUAUGUGUGUGGUCUGAAGUUCCCCUCUGGAAACUACCCUCCGUGUGUGGGGGAUGAGCGGGACCUGCUGGUGCACUGGUGCCACGGCUCUCCGGGGGUAGUGUACAUGCUGCUGCAGGCCUACAAGGUGUUUGGAGGCCCUGGUUACCUGGAGGACGCUCUGCAGUGUGGGGAGGUGGUGUGGAGGUACGGCCUGCUCAAAAAGGGCUACGGCCUCUGCCACGGAGCCGCUGGCAACGCCUACACUUUCCUGUCUCUGUAUCGCCACACGGGGGACCCCAAGCACCUGUACCGCGCCUGCAUGUUUGCAGACUGGUGUAUGAACUACGGCAGGCACGGCUGUCGCACCCCUGACACUCCCUUCUCCCUGUUUGAAGGUAUGGCCGGUACCAUCUACUUCCUGGCCGACCUGCUGCAGCCAAUAAGAGCAAAGUUCCCCGCGUUUGAGGUGUAACCGUUAAAAAAGACCAAACCGACAACUGACAACACGGACUAAACUAUCACACAGUGAAAUAGUACUCAGAUCAGUUUAUGAGACAAAAAUAUUCUACUGAAACACUUUUGGGUUUGGGCUGAUGCUUUAUCGUAUGUGCCAUGUUCCUGCUUGUACUUCUCAAAUAGGUAUUACUACUACUACUACUACUACUAGGUCUACAAACUGAAAAAUGUACUUCAAAAGUGCAUGUAUUUGUGUAUACUUGGUCAUUUUUGUAAAUAGGUGAAAUUCUAAUUUGGGCAUGUUUUUAUGUCGAUGAAAACAUAUGGAUGAAACAUUCUGAAACUAUAGCACAAGGUUAAGUUAUUGUUUUUUGCAUUGUCUAAGGAAAUAAAUUAGACUUUGUAAAACUCUU